AUACAAUUGUUCUCCUGUUGUUCUGCUUUCUCAUACUUUGUCUGAAUGUUAAGUAUUAUUUAUCCAACAGGGCAGUCGACUCAGCCUCGUUUUCAAGUAGUAAACAAAUAAAUACAACGAUUUUUAGAUCACUUGAGAAUAGAAGAGAAUAGCUAAGCUACUAAUUGGUAACUCUUAAUAUCGAAGUCGUAUUGAAACACAUAGACAGACGCACUCGCAGUAGAUAUACUAUAGAUAGCAAAGAUCGUCUCUAAUAUAUUUACAUGUUUUGUAAUAUAUUCGCAUCACAAACAAACAAAAUUGCAAGAGUUCUUCAUUAUUGACAACACAUUUGUAGCAAACAUUUUUACGACUUCGUGCGGUGCUGAAAUCGUAUUUGGAGCGUGCGUUUUGUUGUAGUUCACAUCCGCUGUUACCAUCUUUAAUAUGAUGAAGGAGGAACUAAAGAAAGUUUAACGACUUAUAAUUCACGGAUGAGCGACGAGUAACGAUUGGAUUAUAAAUUACAAAAAAGACAAAGGAUAAUUAGCCAUAUUUAAUCAAGUGAUCGUUCAAAAGUUUUAUUACAAACAAAAUUAUUAAAUGGCAGCUUUCGUUCAAACAAGGUCGACGUUCGGCUCAGGUGUGGAUUUUCACACAGCGUUGGGAUUUGACAUGGCGGCAAGGAAAUAUCCAAUGGAUGAAUACACUCCAAACUAUCCCAUAUUCACGGAAGAUCAUCAAACAAAAUAUGGCGAAGCUUUUCGCGCACUGACGCAAAAUCAGCACCACCACCAACAACAGACGCAACAGCAACAAUCGCCAACGAAUCACUUCACUUUUAAUCAAUCCAUCACACAUGUAAACUUAAUAAACAAUCGUUUCCAAAUAGAUCUUGCCGGACAGCAUUCUUAUCCGAAUGACUAUCCGGUUUCUGAAGAUAUGAGCAUAAGCAACAUACAAACUCCAUCAUCCAAUAUUAAUCCCUAUUUUAAACCAGACAUGAAUUCAAAUAAUCGAGUCAAUGGAAAUGCUUACACCGAGCACAGUCAUGUUGACUAUCCGUCACCGCCUUCUUUAAUAAACAGUAGCCCAUCGGAUCAUCUUAUGGCGUUGUACCCGCAGCAACAUUUCCCUGCAAAACAUACCACAUUAGAAGACUUACAAGGUAUGAAUAAUUUUAAUAAAUUUUUACCGGAUCAUUCUCUAAUUCAAAAUCAGUUACACCACCAAGACCGGAUUAAAUCGGACAACGAAUAUUCACCUACUUUUUAUUCGGAUACUUCAGGAGGAAUGAUGGGAAACAACAUUAGUUUUUCAUCUGCAAUGAUACCUCAUUCGACAAUGAAUAAAUUAACCCCAAUGUUUCCGCCGAGCGGCAUACACAAGCAACGCGAUCAUGACGUUGAGCAAGUCAAUGAAACCCAAAAGUGUAAAAACACGAUCGAAGGAACCAAGACAUCAGUUAGACGAUUCAAAAGAUGGUAUAAAGAAAAAUACAGUAAAGAUAUUGAUAUGAACUCAGUGAAUCGUUUCAAUGCUCCUGAGCUUCUGAAAGAUUUCUUUUUGGACAUUAGAGAUACUCGACCAGGAAGAAUAGGAAACGAAUACGAGCCGGUAACAUUGACAACUUAUCGAAACGGACUACGUCGGUAUUUCCUUUAUCGCAAGGUUCCACCAGCACCAGAUAACUUUGACUUAACAGACAAAACAUUCGACCUUGUUAACAAACAUUUAGUCACAAAAAGAGACGAUCUUAAACGUAAGGGAAAAGGUAAUCAUCCUAACGCAAUCGAGAGUAUUACGCCGGAACAGCUAGAAAAAAUGUGGGCUUCCGGUGCUAUUGGUACUCACGCCCCACGCCCUCUUCUUCGGUUGCAGUGGUGGUAUAAUACAGUGUACCAUGGUGUACGGGGAAGAAUGGCACACCACGAUCUUACCACGGAAGAUUUUUCGUUGAAACGGGGAAAUGAUGGAAAACUUACGAUGGAAUAUAACAAAAAUUCAGCGUACCCGGUGCAUAACACAUUGUCUUCAAAGUUAGAACCGCCAAAAAAGAAAAAAUUCAAAGGACUUGUAAAGCAAACAGACGGUGGCGAUAGGGAUCCACUACGAGCUUUCGAGAUCUUCAAAGCUCAUCGACCACCGGGUAUCUCGUCAUUUUAUCUGACUCCGAAACAUAAACCAAAAGGCAAUAUUUGGUUUAAUAAAGUCCCUAUGGGGAAAAAUUCUAUCGGACGAAUUAUGAGAGAGAUUAAAGCUAUAUCUGGUAUAUAAUUUUUCUAUAUUAUUUAUCGUUAAUUUGAAUAUCUUAUUAGUUGAUCUUACGUUAUAGAUUUUUAUCGCGUGUUUCGUCAGAUUUUCUACAAACACUUAAGCGUAAUGUUUUGAAAAUGUUUCUUAAUAGUUUCAUCUUAAAAUGGUAAUAGACGAGAUAAUUUCUAAGUUAUUUUGCCAACCCUCUUUAAUCACCUAAGGGACGUGUGCGAGUUAAUUUUAAACCGUUCGUACUGCCCGUUUUUUCUUCUUAAAUGUCACAAAUGUGUUAUCAAAACAAAACGUUCUUAAAUUGAUUUUAAACAUAUCGUUCCACCCUCUCGAGUCAUCUAAGCGUUUUAUUUUUUUCCUGCCAUUUUUUUUUUUUUUUUUGCGAAUUGGUUUAUAACAUGCUCCUCCUCUUUCUUUCUCUAGCUUUUUCUAUUAGAAUUUUUGGUUCGUUAAAGUUUGAAAUUAUAAAAUUUAUGUGUAUAUUAUGUAAAUAUAAACAAUAUGACGAAAUGAAUGUGAAUUUAAAUUAUUGCUUUGUGUGCGAUUGUAAAUAACGCAAUGAGAUAGAAAAGAUUCAAAGUAACAAUAAUCACUUGUCUUUGUAUAAGCGCCAUAACAUACCAUUUCUUAAAAACAAGGGCACAUAUGCAAGGUCAAAACCAAGCGAAAUCAUCUCUGUGUUUGAGUUCGAAAUCUUUGACUCGUUUAGUCAAAAUUAUUUUACUUUUGGUUUCUCAAACAGCUAAUUCUCUACAAUCAUGAUCAGAGUAGCUUUUUGGGGUCAGCAGUGUAUUUAUAAAUUUGAAAAUAUUUUGUAUGAAACAGGAUGGUGGGUUUUUCAUUCUAUAAAGUGCUUUCUACAGCUAAGUAUGGUUUAUAGAAACAGUAGAUAUUUUUACUUCCUACCAUAAAAAAUAUCCAGAAGUAACCGUAAG